UCACAACACGGAAGUGUCAAACAAAUGCAACAUCGUUUGAAACUCCAUUUAUUCUUUUAGGAGUGUAAUGUUGAAUGCCGUAUCGGGAUCCGGAGUCUGUAUCGCACUUAAACCAAUGAUCAACAGUUUAAAAUCAAAGUCUAGUGUUUGUUGUCACUUGUUAUGCUCGUGAACUUUGCUUUGUGGCAGACUAGUUGCGGAUUAAGGUCAGAUAUGUAGUGCAGCCACGGAGCUUUAUGCCUUCAGACGGUUGGAAAACAAUUAACCAUCAUUAAUAAUAAUAAUAAUAAUAAUAAUAAUAAUAAUAAUAAUAAUAAUAACGACAUCAACAUGAAGCUGAGCUCAUCAGUGUUCUCUACAAUCUGUCUCAUUAUUGAGCUACUUGGCAUUGCCCUUUUUUUGAGAGGAUUUUUCCCAGUUCCAGUCAAGUCUUCUUUAUCAUCAAUGAGCAAAUUAUCAGAUCUGCCUGCAGAACCAGUUGUAGGAAGUAGCCCAAACGCAACCAAAGUGCCUCCUCCAUUAUUCAACAAAGUAGUCAUUGUGUUAAUAGAUGCUUUACGAGACGAUUUUGUCUAUGGGUCCAAUGGAAAGAGGUUCAUGCCCUACACCCGGAACCUAGUGGAGACUGGAUCAUCUCAUAGCUUCAUUGCUAAAGCCAGACCUCCUACUGUCACCAUGCCUAGAAUUAAGGCUUUGACCACGGGCAGCAUUCCCGGCUUCAUCGAUGUUGUAAUGAACCUAAACUCUCAGGCUCUCUUAGAGGACAACCUUCUCUGGCAGGCCAAGAACACUGGCAAGCGGAUCAUCUUCUACGGGGAUGACACAUGGGUGCGGCUCUUCCCUAAGCAUUUCUUGGAGUAUGAUGGCACCACGUCUUUCUUCGUCUCCGACUACACUGAGGUGGACAACAAUGUGACUCGUCAUUUGGACAGCACUCUGAAGAGAAACGACUGGGAUAUUUUGAUCCUGCAUUAUCUGGGACUGGACCACAUCGGACACAUCAGUGGGCCACACAGCUCUCUAAUCGGGCCCAAACUUCAGGAAAUGGAUGAUGUCAUCAAAAAAAUACACACCUCCAUUAUCACAAUGUGGCAGGAGGCUGAGGGGACACUGCCUAAUUUGCUGGUGCUUUGUGGUGAUCACGGCAUGUCUGAGACAGGCAGCCACGGAGGAUCUUCAGAACCGGAAGUCCACACUCCAUUAGUCCUCAUCAGCCCUACCUUCUCGACAAAAGAGGGCAUGGGUGAGCCAGGUGUGGUCGAACAAGUAGAUCUGACCCCUACUCUUGCACUGUCUCUGGCAUUGCCCAUCUCGCAGAACAGUGUGGGACGCCUGAUUCCGGCUGUUUUUGAGAAAGCCUCACUCAGGGAGCAGCUGCGUUACCUCCAUAUCAAUGGUCACCAGCUCAGCCACCUGCUUCAGGAUAGCAACCCUAACUUCCAUAAAGAGGACGGUUAUGAGCAGUUUCAGAUGGCAGAGAAAGCCCAUGGAAGCUGGAUGAAGCUGUACAUGGAGGGGAACACAUCAGAAGUGCUGAGCAACAUGGCAAAAAAAGUGCUUAAGCAGUACCUGGAGGCACUGCAAGGAAUGAGCGCAGCCCUCAGCAAACAGCUGGGCAAAUAUGACAUAUACUCCAUGAUGGUGGGCAUGAGCCUCAUAGUGCAGCUUCUGGCGAUGCUGUUGUUGGCCAUGCCAGAGGCUCUGAGUGGCGCUGCAUGUGUGGAUGUUCCCCUGGCAACCACCUUCCUCUCUCUACCCUUUUACCUCCUUGUCCUGCUGGGUUUCUCUGUUCAUGUGAUGGUGUGCACUUCGUCCGAGGCCUCCUGCUACUUCUGCUCACUGCCCUGGAUCUUGGCCUUUGCCGGCAUCGUCUUCUCCUCAGCUCUGUUUUGUUCUCUGGUGUCCAUGGCAGCCAGACAUGCACACAAAGUCGAUAACAAGCUGACCAAGACCUCUUCCAGAGAGUGGAAUCUGUCUGAACUGGAUGUCCUGCUCCUGGUUGGCACACUUGGCCACACUCUAAGCUUGGCCUCCAGCAGCUUUGUAGAAGAGGAACACCAGACCUGGUACUUCCUGCUCAACACUCUGUGUCUGGCUGUCUUCCAAGAUGUCUGCAGAAAGUACUUUAGAGAAAAGAGAUGCCCCGGUGAGAAAGAGGAUGAAAGCCUUCUCCUGCCUUCUACCAUGGAGGAAAAAGGUGCAUCUUUCUCUCCGGUAGCUGAGCUUGGCGUCAGCGCAAACUCAGAGAAGUGGUUAGCACUGGCCACACCGCUCCUCACUCUGGCAUGCUGCCGAAUGCUCAGGUCUCUCAACCAGACCGGGGUACAAUGGGCACAUAUUCCUGACCUGAGCCACUGGCUCAACAGUGGGGAUCAUAAGCUGUUCCUGUCUCUGCUGUCUGUUCUCUCUCUGUUACUGAUUUUCCUGCUGGUCCAGCGCCACUGUUCACUGGUGUCUAAGAUCGCCCUGGCACUCGGCCUGCUGGGAGUUUACAGCUACCGUGCUGCUGUUGGCAGCGUCCUGUUUCCAUGGCAACACUCUGCCCAAACUGUGUCCAAUGGUACAGGUGAGGCUCACUUUGUCUACGUGUUCGUGCUCGGGAUCCUCUUCACCGGUGUCAAAGACUUGCUGCGGUCUCAAGUGAUGUCAUCGGUGGUGGAUGGCAGGCAUUUGACGAGCAGGGGAUUGUGGGAGGUCUACAGUGGCAUGGUGCUGCUGGUGGCGCUGCUGUUCCGGGCUCACAAUCUGCCCACACUGGCAUGCUGCCUGCUUAUUCAGACCCUCAUGGCUCAAUUCAUCUGGAAGAGACUGCACUAUGAUGCUGCCCAGACUACCAUCAUGCAUUACUGGUUUGGACAGACCUUCUUCUAUUUCCAGGGGAACUCCAACAACAUAGCGACAGUGGAUAUCUCAGUGGGCUUUGUAGGACUGGAGAGCUAUGUGGAGGCUCCUGCUGUCUUCCUCACAGCGUUUAGCACCUAUGCAGGUCCGCUGCUCUGGGCCUGCCAUCUGGUUUGUUACCUCAGCUCAGAGAGAGACAGAGCUGUCUCUCUCGGUCACAGCAGCUACUGCUUCGCCCUGCUGCGCUCUAUCCCUGCUGUGUUCUACAUAGUGCUGGUCACUGCACUGCGCUACCAUCUCUUCAUCUGGAGCGUCUUCUCGCCCAAGCUCCUAUAUGAGGCCAUGCACACUCUGGUCACUACAGCCAUGUGCCUCUUCUUCACCUUCAUGGAUCAGGAUCGUACACGCAGACCAUGAAACACCUGAGCUCUUAAUUCUAUUACAGAGAGAAGGAUCAGACGGAUGUACGAGGUCAGGAUCUGAUGGAGAGGCUUGUCAUAUGAAGACGAGAAAUCACUAAAAUGAAAAAAAUAAUAAAAAAAAAAAAUAUGAGGGAUGGGUGAAGGGAUGUUUCUGAUGUCACACUAUUGCAGCAAUAUGGAUGUGGAUGUGUGUGAGUUUGUGUGUGUGAGAGAGUGAUGAAUGAGUGUGGAGUGAAAUGAACGAAACCGACUUGAUGUUGCAAAUUUGAAGCAAUAUGUACUCAGGACUCAUAAGGGAGUUCCUGGUCCUGUACUAUUAAUUACACACGAAAUUUCUCUGGAGGAUUUGUCUCUGGUUUGCUAUGGAGAAGAUAAAUAUUGUCUGUUUCUAAUCUAUUUUUGUAUUGCACAUUUAUGAGGUUAUUUAUGGGGUAGAAAAAGAAAGCAACACAAAGCAGCUAAUUUUAUCAGGAAGCAAAAAAAAUUUAAGUUUUGUUUGUUUGUUUGUUUAUUAGCAAAGUAAAAAAAAAAAUUACUCAUUUUAAUUAAAAAUAUUACAUUCUAAUAUUAUCCCUCUCGACAGAGCUUGCAGCUCUGAAAUCAUAUUACAGGAAAUAAAAAUUAAAUGUGCUGUUUGA